UUAAGAUCGGCGCGUUCCACGGCGGUCGGUGAGUGAAGCGGAUCCUCCAGCUUUCUCCAUGUUGAAGUCCGUAAGCUACCCGAUGGCGGACCCUGCGUCUACAAUCAUGCAUGGGAAUUGUUUCGGCAUGGGAUACAGGGAUAACGCUUCUACCACGCCCGCGGGGGUGCCUGUAGGGAAGCCGAAGAAGAAGGGCUUUUGCCUGGCUAAAAUGAUGUCCCUUAACCACAAGAAAGAGGCGACCAGUCAUCAGCACCACAACAACAACAUGCCCUUCAUGAUCCAUUGCCACAUUGGAAAAGAAAUCAAGCACAUAUGCAGCAAUUGUAGCCGCGGAAACGACACACAGGAGGCUGAAGAGGUGGAAAGACGUUCCGCCAUGCGUCCCGAGUCCUUCAUCCCAGGUGCCCACAACCCACCCAUCCGCCAGAGGAGCAAGUUCGCCACCAUCGGGCGCCUCUUCAAACCCUGGAAAUGGAGGAAGAAGAAGAGUGAAAAGUUCAAGCAAACAUCUGCAGCCCUUGAGAGGAAGAUGUCCAUGCGGCAGAGCAGAGAAGAGCUGAUCAAGAAAGGAGUUCUCAAGGAGAUCUUCGAGAAAGCCAGCAUCGACUUCCGGCCUGCGAUGGAAGGCAGCGUGCGUCCUCAGGAUGGCUUCAAGCAGACCAUGAUCCCGCCUCUCAAGAAGCCCAUGACCUUCCCGGGCGAUCUGCAGGACACGCCGCCCAAGCCUCCGCUGUUGUUCCACAAGCAGCCGCCGGCACUGCCCCCGAAACCCUUCUCCCGCCUGCCCAACCACAACACAGACUCCUGCCAGCCCAUGAAGCUGUCCUGCAUGCCCGGUGGCAAGCUCUCCCCUCAUUUACCUCCCAAGAAAGUCAUGAUCUGCGUCCCGCCCGGAGGAGGAAGGGAACACGACUCCUCGUCCCAGUCCAACCACAACCACAACCACAACCACAUGACCCUGACGACCUUCACGCAGAAGUGCUCCUCGGGGUCUUCGCAGGUGCUGCCCCUGCACCACCACGCCAGCACCCUGGGGGGCCACCCGGUGCUGCAGAGCCACCUCAGCCACCCGCUCCACCAGCUGCAGUACGGCACCAUGCCCUCCAGCCUGCACCAGCCCAGCCGCAUCAUCGAGGAGCUCACCAAGACGCUGGCCCUCACCAUGCAGCGGCUGGAGAGCUCUGGACUGCAUGCUGGCCAGUGUGGUCUGCUGGAAAGCCGUCAGGUCCCCUCCGUGGUCAUCGACUGCGAGGACGACAAGGAGAACAUGCCAAACGAGUCAGACUAUGAAGACCUGCCCAGCAUGUACAAGGACGAGGACGACGAUGAUGAUGAAGAUGAGGAUGAUGAGGACGACGAAGAGGAGGACGAUGAUGACACGCUGUUCACAAGUUCUCUGGCGAGGAAGGUGCUGAGGAAAGACUCGCUGGCCAUCAAGCUGAGCAACCGUCCCUCCAAGCGGGAACUGGAGGAGAAGAACAUCCUGCCCAUGCAGACAGAUGAGGAGCGACUGGAGUCCAGACAGCAGAUUGGCACCCGCCUCACGCGGAGGUUGAGUCAGAGGCCAACUGCUGAGGAACUGGAGCAGAGGAACAUCCUUAAACCCCGCAAUGAGCAAGAGGAGCUGGAGGAGAAGAGGGAGAUCAAACGCAGGCUGUCACGGAAGUUGAGCCAGAGGCCCACAGUGGAGGAGCUGCGACAGGCCAAAAUCCUGAUCCGCUUCAGCGACUACGUAGACGUGGCUGAUGCUCAGGACUACGACCGGCGGGCUGACAAACCGUGGACGAGGCUUACCGCAGCAGAUAAGGCGGCCAUACGAAAAGAGCUCAAUGACUACAAGAGCCAUGAAAUGGAAGUUCAUGAAUCGAGUCGCCAUCUCACCAGAUUUCACAGACCGUAGCACACCACUGUCUUGGGAGCUGUGCCUACUGGGCAUUUCUUCUCUACUCUCGGAGAACCACAAGUGCUGGACGGCUCAAACGGUGCCCACAUCUUCAACAAAAAAAGAAGAAAAAAGUUAAAAGGCCAUAUGUUGUUUUUUUUCUUUCUUUCUUUUUCAAAUGCCUUUCCAAAUUCCUAAGACUCAGACGGUACUUUCCUCCCUAAUACAUGAAGACUGUUUUAUCACAUUUCUGUGGUUUGUUUUACACUUAUGCCAAGACAUCAUUCAUCCCAGUACUCGUCCAUCUGGCCAAGUAGGCGGUCCAAAUGCAGCCCAUCAUAUUUUCCUCGGUUCUCAAGCAGGAACUCAGGAGACUAAGGAUAGAGGAUGAGCUGGGAUGGAUCUGAUUUAGAUCUGUUCACAUUAGCUACGAGGAGCGAUGCCAUAGUCAUGUCACUUCAUGGUUGAUCUUUUUUAAAUUCUUUUUCGUUUCUUUCUAUCACGCAUGUGUGCUCCAUACUUCCCCCUCAUGAGUGCACACUUGGAACUAUGGGUAUGGACGGUGAAGCCAUGUGUCCAGGUCCUGCUCCCAUGUUGUAAUGGACCUGGAUUUCAUAGACUGUUUUGCAAUUUUAAUCCCAUGUGUGACAUCGCCCUCUGCUGGCUAGUGUAUGGCAUAGCCCAUAUAAUCACUUGCCCCUUCUAUUCCUAUGGACAAUGUGGACAUCCUCUGCUAACUGUGAAUUCUCGAGUGCCAAUGAUGCACUCACUUUGACUUGUAUAUUGUAUUUAUAUUAAGGUCUUAAGAAAAUAUUUUAUUGAAAAUUCUGUUCAGGCAGUGUUCUGUAUACAUGUGUACAAAUGAUCAUCAAUCGUUUAUUUAAGUAAAGUUAAAAGAAUUGCCUACCGUAACCUAGAUCUCUUCGGUAUGAAGAUGGUCCAAUUUUUGGGGGUACUUAUUUUCAGGCUGGCUACUGUGGGUUUUGAAGCGUAUUGCAGACAUCUGUGAAUAACCACAAGUACUAGCUCUCCAGGGACUUUUUAAUUCUAUCAGUAUUUUUUUUUAUUUUGUUGUUUUUAAUACCCCUCAUUUGGUGAAUUUAAAUAAAUUCAUUUAAAUACAAAUGUGCACUGCUAAUGUAUGGCCUGUCAUCCAAAUCAUUCUUAAAGUGAUACUGCACCAUUUCUGGAAAGAUGCUCAUUUUUACACCUCGCCUUGAGCUAGGCCUAAAUAGUUUUGCCUUUUUCCUGUUCUUUCAGUCUGGUGAUGUCAUUUCUAGUUCCAAGCUAACAAUUAUCAUCGAAUCUUGUGGGACCGGCUACCUUCUGGCUGUUGCCAUACGAUUCAGUUAUGUAUACAUGUAUAUGCUAGCUUGGAGGUAGAGUUUGCCUCACUAGACUCGGAAAGUAACUGAAAGACGAGACUCAAGGUAAAACUCAAAUUAUUUAACUCAAGGGGAGGUGUGAAAAUGAGCACAUUUCCAGAAAUGGCGCAGAAUCACUUUAAUGCUACUUAGAAAGAGCAAUACUCUUCAUAUUAGACAGCAUUAUAAGACAUUUAAUUUUUACUUUUUUGCAACAGACCUUACUGUCACAUUUCUAUGAACCCUGAGUUCCUUUUUUGUAUGAGUAUUGGUAAUGCUUACUCUUUCAACGGUUCUAGCAUUAAGGUCACCUGCAAUACGCAUAGAAUCUUUGGGAUUUGUCUUUUCUUUUUAAAGUCUUAAGUUGGGAAGAGGUUUAAUUGUGAGACAUGCCCCCUCCACCCCCUCAACAGACACCUCUCUAUUGGUAGAGCAGUGAUUCUCAAAGUAUGGCCCAAGGACCACUGGUCGUCCGCGACAGAGCUCGGGUGGUCCGCGAGGGGAUUUCUACUUUUCCAAUACAAACUAGAAGUAUGCUAUAUUUGUAACAUUAUUACAAAGCAAAACAUAACUGUCGUACUUUCGCCACAAUAAGACAGGCUAGUAAUGUGAAUAAAAAGUAGGCCUAAGUGAUCUACAUCGAAAUUACCAGUGUCAAAUUCAGUUGACGGGUGGUCCCUGAACAUUUUUGGGGGGACAGUGGUCCUCGGUCUGAAAAAGUUUGAGAAACACUGUGUUGGAGUAACCUACUUUGAGUGGGGUGGGGGUGUUGAGUGUUCUUCCCCUGGGAAGAUGCACUACUGAAUCAGGUCCUCAUCUGACUAUUCAACCAGAGCCAUUUUGGAUUUGAGAAACUGACACCAGUUUCAACACUUUUUUGCCCUAUACACAGACACACAUACUGCACAAUUUGUUAAACUUGAUUGUAGCUUAUAUUUAAAGAAAAAAAACACAACCAAAACUUUUUAAAACACCCCAUGAAUACUACACUAUGUUUAAUUUAUCAUUUUUGUCAAAAAAGGGACUUUGAUAACUGCUCUGUCACGCCUGAGUUGAUGUUUGAUAAGGAAUGUGAAUUCAGCAAUAAAUUGCCCUUGUUGUCAAGUGUAUAGGUUUCUCUCUUUAACAUACGGUUACCCAUCCACUUGCUGUUCACCUUCAUUUUGCCUCCCAUGAUUAGUUCUAGUAGCCUUGCCAAUACAGGUGUUUGUUUAGCUCAUUCUAAAAUCAGACAGGUAGGUUCCCUUCGGAACUUGGUCUGUUUGUUUGAUGUUUCACAGAAGGUUUUUUUUUAACUGUUGCCUUUUAGGAAUGUAGAAGCAUUGUACACGGGCAGGAAUGACAAAGCAUGUUUAAUCUUUUGACAUAAGUAAUGUCACUUGAGAUCAAGUUUAAUACAAAAAGAUAAUAGUUGUACUAAAUGGCAUAGAUGAGCUUUGAAGAGGUGCCAUGACACAAUUGCCAUGCCAAGAUGCAAUUCCUAUCUAAGUUGUAAAACCCUCAGAACCUUUGGCAUGGCAACAGUGAAUAUUCGUUAUAAUUAUUUACAUCAGGAAUAUCGGUUUCUGUUAGACUCAGAUGUUUAGUUAUUCAUUAAUAAAACGUCAGAAAGGACUGAUAAAUCGGUAUACAGUACCUAUUUAUUUUCUAAACAUUUAUAGUCUAUUGCACAAUCAAAAAAAUAUAUAUAUAUCUGAUGGUACAGAAGCCAAUUAAUAAUUGCAUUAUCUCCGACACUGCCCAAUUCACUGACGUGUGUGGCAAAUACCAAGAUUUUUUAUGGUGAUUGAGAACGGUUCCAUUGACUGACUGUAGCUGAAAAUACUUGUCUCUGAAAAGCGUGUCCAUUUUGCUUUGAUUCAUCAAACAUUGUCUACGUGUUCUCAUUGUUCUUUUUUAUGAUUAUUUAUGUGCUUCAGAAGUACGGGGUUUGGUUAUCCCUUUGCUAUCCACUGAAUGUGCUACUGAGGGUUUUAUUCUUUUCUUUUCUUUUCUUUUCUUUUCUUUUCUGAUGUACAUAACUCAUCCAGUUGAAAUCCAAAUAUCUUAUGUCUCAGAUUUUGUAUGUACAGAGUGAAACUGCAUGUAGCUGUUGAACUCAUCCGUUUUGUCUUGGUGUAUGCGGUUUCUUGAGCAGGAACUUGAUUAAAUUAUUUUUUUUCCAA